AUGUUGUGGCUGCUAGCGAGGAACGGGCCGCUGUCGGUGAUGUUGAGGCGGACGGAGCUGCUUCCGGCGAUGAAAGAGCAGGCUUUCCCUGAAAAAUGGAUGGUCUGUGUUCUAUUGGCGGUUGUUGAUAGUCGUUGUUGUCAGGUCUCUUUCGCCCUUCAGUUGCGGUUCUACUCUACAACAAACGGGUUUGUGAGUAAUUACCACGUCUGGACUCACCAAGGUGAGAAAAAUAGGAGGGUCGAGGUGCCUGCUACUGUUCUGCAAGGUGACAAAAUGUGGGAGCAGAGAAAUAAAGGUGAGGGUUGCAGUUUGUUCCAGAGAAUGGUAAAUGAUGUUGGUGGUCCUGAAGUAAGGCCAGAAGAGCCUCUGAAUGCGGAAGCUCAGAAGUUUUAUGAUAUGAUGCGUGCGGCCGAAGAACCCAUAUGGCCUGGGAAUGACAGACACUCCACUUUGUCUGCAGCCAUAAAUUUUUUAGAAUGCAAGUGCCGAUAUCAAGCGUCUAACGGUCUGAUGAAUGAAAUGAGCGAGUUUGUACAUCAAUUGAUACCUAAAGACAAUAAGUUAGCGAAGAACUCGUACAACAUUAAAAAGCUAGUUAGAGGGCUUGGGUUUCUAGCAGAGGUGAUUCACUACUGCAAAAAUAUGUGUAUGACAUAUUGGGAUAAGGAUGCGGGUUUGACUGUGUGUAAAGUUUGCGGCCAUGACAGGAGGAAACCACCUACUGCGGGUAAUUCUAAAAGAAGAAAGACAAAUGUGCCUUUUAAAAAAAUGCAUUACUUUCCUAUAACUCCGAGGCUGCUGAGGUUGGAUGCUUCAAGGGCAACAGCUAAAUAUAUGAGGUGGCACGCCGAGCACGAGAUGGAGAAUAGUAUGAUGAAUCAUCCGUCUGACUCGACGGCUUGGAAACACUUCUCGGAGUUACACCAAGAUUUUUCAUCCGAAGUUAGACAUAUCAUAUUGGGUUGUGUACGGAUGGGUUUCAACCAUUUGGUGCAUUUGGGCAACAAUACUCGUCAUGGCCGGUAA